AUGUCUUCUCACAAGACUUUCAGAAUCAAGAGAUUCCUGGCCAACAAACAAAAGCAAAAUUGUCCUAUUCCUCAGUGGAUUUGGAUGAAAACUGGUAACAAAAUAAGGUACAACUCUAAGAGAAGAUACUGUAGGAGAACAAAGCUGUUUCUAUAA